AUGGGAAGAAAAGGAGGAAGCUGGUUUUCCUCUGUCAAGAAAGUUUUCAAGUCUUCUUCCUCUUCUAAAGACACCACAGUGCCCGUCUCCGCGCCAGUGCAGCUUGACAAAAAGAAGGAAAACCGAGAGAAAUUGGAGAAUGAAGUAGCAGAAGAGGUGUCAUUCGAGCAUUUUCCUGCAGAGAGUUCACCCGACGAUGUAACCAAUGAGGAGAGUACAACCUCAACUCCUGCGAGAGACGAUAGAACUCAUGCCAUCGCUGUUGCAGAAGCCACCGCAGCAGCUUCAGCAGCUGCUGUUGCAGCUGCUCAAGCAGCUGCUAGAGUCGUAAGAUUGGCCGGUUAUGGACGCCACAACAAGGAAGAAAGAGCAGCCACAUUCAUUCAAUCACACUACAGAGGAUACCUAGCUCGACGUGCAUUACGCGCAUUGAAGGGGUUAGUGAGGCUGCAGGCGUUAGUGAGGGGGCACAAUGUGCGGAAGCAAGCUCAAAUGACAAUGCGGUGCAUGCAAGCAUUGGUACGGGUGCAGGCGCGAGUGAGAGCGCGACGACUUCAAUUGAGCCAUGAGAAUUUUGAGAAGGAAAUGGAUGAAUAUGAAGAAGAAGAAUUUGUGAGACAAGAGAGUUUUAAUAAGGCUAUGAGUCCUAUGAGAAGGUCAUCAGGCAUUAAUAAUAAUAAUGGUUUGGAUCAUAGUAAACGUCAAAGUAGCAAAAAAGCUAAAGAAAGUGAUUUGAAAAAACAUGAAGCUGCUAUGAAGAGGGAAAGAGCUCUUGCAUAUGCUUUCAAUUAUCAACAGCAACAACAAAAGCAACAUCUACUACAUGGAAAUAAAAAUGGUGAAGAUGUUGAUAUGAGAAGCUAUGAUCCCAAUGAUAAUGAAAAAGCCCAAUGGGGUUGGAAUUGGUUGGAGCGAUGGAUGUCAUCACAACCCUACAAUGCAAGAAACUUAGGACAACGUGAAACCUCUUACAUGACACUACCUUCCACAACAUCAACAACAACAGAUAACAUGUCUGAAAAAACGGUUGAAAUGGACAUGAUUGCAACACCAAGUAGAAACAACUUCAAUAUGGGCUUAACGGGCCAAGAUUUUCGUGAUGCAAGCCCAACUUUCAAUAGAGCCCAUCAGAGACCGCCAAGCCCGGGCCGACCUAGUUACAUGGCCCCGACUCAAUCUGCCAAAGCUAAGGUUAGGGUCGAAGCCCCAUUUAAGCAGAGGGUUUCAUCCGGGCCUAACUGGAACACGUCUACGAAGGGAGGAUCGGUUAUUGGAUCGGGCUGUGACUCGUCUAGCUCGGGCGGUGGAACGACUACUUACCAGGCUCCGAGAAGCCCAGGCCCGAGAGUUAACGGUGUUCGUUCGCAGUCUAAUCGGAUUGUGGGCAGUAGUCAAGAGUAUGUUGAGGAUUGGGCCCUUCCUCUUGGAGCCCAUGGUUGGGCUUAA